AUGCCCUUGCCAAUCUAUUCGCACAGACAACCUACUGGACGGACAUAUAACCAGCUAACACUCAUGGCAUCCUUCGAAUUGGGCACAGGUCUUCUCGAUGGCUUCAUCCGCUACCGCGGUUAUUCCGACGAUCCCUAUUCAAGCCUGGAGGACUUUGCAGAUCGGCUCAAUCACUUUGUGUCGUCAAUGAUCAUCCUUGUGCUGGCAGGAGUUACCAUGACGGAGGUGUACUUUCUACGACCCAUCUCCUGCACUCUGCCUACUACACCCGAUGGUCACUUUACCGAAUUUGCCGAAUCCCUGUGCUGGGUGCAGGGCACGAUCGGCCUCAACAUUGAAGACGCCCUCCCCAACGACCUCGCGGAUUGGGAUGAGCUGAGAGAGCGAUCAGAUAUAUCAUUCUACCAAUGGGUGCCCUUCUGCCUCUCAAUCCAGGCCAUGCUCUUCUACCUACCCCACCUCAUUUGGCAGGCUCUGGCCAUCAACAGCCUCGGCGACAACCUGGAAUGCCUCCUAAGCAGGGCUAAAAGGGCCAAUCAGGUGGAUGACGGCGCCGCCCGUCAGAACCUCGUCAACGCCUGCGCAGACCACCUCUGCAAGCUGUCCCGCCAGCACGCCGACAACCGCAUC